GCUCAAAAAUCCUUGGAUCUUGGGCUGCUGAAUAGUUGAAUAACGUUAGUUGACUUCGAUAGCUCUAAGAGUUUGCACGUGGAGUGAAUUUUUCCUCGUCGUCGUCGUUUUUUCCAUUAUCUGCUCUGCAUGUAAUCAUUUGCAAUUGCUGUGGUGUUGACUGAAGAGCUUUCAGGGCACACAUAUCUGCUGUUCGUGUGCGCCUCGAACAACGAUUACGCGAGAAAUAACAAUAAAUAAAUUGUCCGCGAUAAAUUCGGCAAGUUCGGGCUUUCGCGGUGAUUUGUGCAAGAUUUAUUGAUUUUGUCCUGGUCCGGGAUGUUGAUGUGCCGCUGACUGAGUGACGAGAUCGAGCCAAGGAUUCAAAUCCCGAUUUUCGCAAAGUGCAACCGUCCGCGGACUGUAAGAAAUGUGCAGAACUCUAACCCAGUCGACGUAGCGAGCGGAGCCAGUACGUGCUGACCGUUGAACGAUUUCUUGUGUUUCCGCCGAGUUCGUGUUGAUUUUAAGUUGCCACUUCCUCCCUAAGUUCGAUUCUUUGCGGUGGCGAAUCAAUAAAACACAGAAAAUUGCCCGAAUAGUGCUCCACGUUCGUGAACACACCCUGAAAAAUAUCGCAAGGGCCAACUGGAAAAUAGAUCCCCUAAGCAAGUGUAGUGCGAGCUCAUUGAGAAAAUAUCCCCUGAUUUGUAAUUGAAUUUGAAAAGCAGUGCAUACCCCGGGAAGGUACAAAAAGUGGUCAAGUGCUCAGAAGAAGUUGUGCAAAGUCCUAACGAAAAUAGAUGAAUGAAUAAAAGAUGUGAAUGCGUAAAACAAUAAUCGAACGCACUUAGUAAAUUUAUUAAUCCCUCGAAGUUCGGAGGAUUGAGACAAAAAAGUCUACUCCUGUGAUCCCUUAAAAAAUCUCCCAAUUUGUCGAAAUUUUGAAUUGGUCUCGAGUAAAUUUGAGGACUUUUGGAAGCAUCUGGCUGUUUUUCGUCGCUGGAAUAUUCUACUUGGAGAAUCAAAGAUCCUCCGCUGCAAGGGCGUACAGAGCCUUGAAUUUUUAACAGAGUUGGAGUAAAUCAGUUACAAUUGUUUUCAAACAGAGAUACAAUUUUGGCGCGUUUCCGGGUUUCUUCUAUAACCGUCAGCUAACCCCAGACACGCUGAUAGUUCACGAGAACACCGCCUCAGAUCCUAAUGAUCAUAAUCAUAAUUUAGGAUCAAUUGAGAAUCGAGUUACCGGAAAAGUCGUUAAACUGAGCCCCAAUUUGGAGCCCUACCCCGCCAGCGUGGAGGGGCUUAAUAGCCCUAGAGCGGUGGGGAUGGCCGCCACCACAUAUAUGACAACAGCCUCAGGUGAUCUUGACAUGGCCCUGGGCGGUGGCGGAUACCAUACAUCAUCACCGCGAAGUGCAACAGAUGCCGGCGAAAUGAAGUAUAUGCAGCAUCAUCAUCACCAUCAUCAUCAUCAGGUGCCCUCAUCGCCCAGUCCAAAUACAGGAAGCGGUCUGGGAAGCGUUACCGGCAGUCUUGGUGGUGUAGGCGGUAAUCCAUGGACAGCGCUGCAUCCUUCGGACCCGUGGGCCUUGCAAACACAUCCUCAUCACCAUCCGGCCGAUGUGAAGCAGGAGAUGUCACAUUUAUCGCAACAAUCACGAGCACAACAGGGUAUGGCAUCGCCACAUGCAUGGCAUGCACCGGUCCACGCCGCACAUUACGGACCGACGGGUGGAUCACCGCUUCAGUACCACCAUGCGGCUAUGAAUGGAAUGCUCCAUCCAGGGCACCCACAUCACCAAGGUGUUGCUCCUUUGCACCAUGCCUUACGCGGGGGUGAUUCACCUCAAUUGCACUUACAUCCUCAUCAUAUGCAAGGCGAUCGAGAUGCCAGCGCCGGAGAGGAUGACACACCAACCUCAGACGAUUUAGAAGCGUUCGCAAAACAGUUCAAACAGCGGCGGAUAAAGCUGGGUUUCACACAGGCCGACGUCGGUUUAGCUUUAGGUACACUCUACGGUAACGUGUUUUCGCAGACAACGAUAUGCCGAUUCGAGGCUUUACAAUUAAGUUUUAAAAAUAUGUGCAAGCUGAAACCGCUGCUUCAAAAAUGGCUCGAAGAAGCCGACUCGACGACAGGGUCACCUACAAGCAUCGAUAAAAUUGCAGCACAAGGCCGAAAGCGGAAGAAAAGGACUAGCAUAGAAGUGUCCGUGAAGGGUGCCCUCGAACAACAUUUCCACAAACAACCAAAACCUUCAGCGCAGGAAAUCACCUCGCUGGCCGACACACUGCAGCUGGAGAAGGAAGUAGUGCGAGUGUGGUUCUGCAAUAGGAGGCAAAAGGAGAAGCGAAUGACACCUCCGAAUACAUUAGGCAAUGAAAUGUUAGAUAAUAUGCCGCCUUCGCACAUGGGACACGGAGGACAUGGCGGAUACCAUCCACAUCACGAUGUUCAUGGUAGUCCCAUGGGCGCCCAUAGUCACAGCCAUAGCCCGCCAAUGCUUAGCCCACAGAACAUGCAGAACACCGGCGGUCAUCAGCUGACGGCCCACUAGCAAUCAGAAAUCCAGGAGUCCAACUCCGCUGUUACUGCAAACACCUCAACCGCCUCCGCGACCAUCGGAUCGUUGCACCACCAGCAACAUCAGCACGGUAACGGACAACAUACCCCCUCGUCCUCAUCGGUUUCGUCAACAAUGACCACGACCGCCCUAUCAUCCCACAGCCCGCUCGGUGGCGGAUCCCUCCACCAGCAACACCUCACCAACAACAAUAACAAUAGUGAUAACAACAACGGUGAUCAUUUAUCUCAGGUGACCAAGUCGAACGCGUCAAUUGCCGCCGCAGCAGCGGCCGCCAUGUACAUAGAUCCCGCUCGCUAUCAGCAGCACCAUACGCAUUUGAACGCGCACUUGAAUCCCCAUCUCAACCCCCAUCUGAAUUCACACCACCUGAACCCCCAUCACCCGCAUUUGCAUCACACAAGCGAUCAACAACAUCAAUCGCACCCGCAUCCGCCACCUACGCAACAUCUAAAUCUCAAUCCCCAUGUUGUCCAUCAUCAUCACCAGCAGCAACAGCAACAGCAGCAGCUUCACGCCCGAAGACUGUUCCACGAGUGGACCCUGCAAUUCGGCGCCACCGGACCCUCCAGCGUGCGUCACUUCAACAGUUUUAGUGGUGAAUAACAAUUGUUUGAUUCUUUUUAAAGAAAAGUAGAUUAAAGUAAACUAGCGAAAGAAACAAUGAAACAAAUCCACUCUAAUUUUAAGUAAUGUAAAUUUUUCUAAAAAAACAAAACACGGACAAAAGACGAAAAACAUGAAAACAAUCGAAAAGUUACAAAAAACUAUACGAGGACACAAAGUGUGCCACCCAAACGUUGUAAAAAGUUGUUUAUUAUUAUUAUUACAUAAUUAUCAUUAAUUAUUAUAAAGCAAAGUGAUGUUUCCAAGGAAAGCAAAAUAUUAUCGUUUACUUUUAGUUCGUUUCCCAGUUUAACGUUUCCUUAAAAUCAAAAUUCACGAGACUUUCAGUUCCCUUCUGGAUGUUUUAGUUUUCAGUAGGCUAAGCGUUAAGUCGAGGAAAUCCACUCUUGUAAUAUAUUAGGAAGGAAUCUGAGGAGCUCUAAUUUAAUAUAAACGAAAAUACACAAUAAAUUGAUAGUAAUAUAUAGAAAUGAGGGUUUUUUAAACAAAAGUACCACAAACUGUUUACUAUAGAUACACGAAUCAAUCCAAAAAUCACACAUCUACACACAAAACGAACACAUAGAACAGUCGAGUUGGACCUUAUUGCGAUAAUUGUAAAUACUUAAGUCAUUAGCAUGUAAAUCUCUCAACAAAUUUACGUUACGUAGGCAUACGAGGAGGCGACGACGGAAAUAGUUAAACACAAAACCAACUGACACUCAUUCAGGAGCAAUUCUAUAUAUAAUAUAUAUAUAUAUAUUGUAAAGUUAAUCAUAGAGACAGAAAAUACAAAAAUACACACACGAAAAACAAAAAACGUUUAAUAUUUAAGCAAAAUGAUAAAAUAAUUGAGAAUAUAUAUAUAUUUAAACAAAUUCAAGGAAAAAGACAACCAACAUCUCUUCACACGUUGCCACCAAAAUCGAGCGUUGGUCAUGCAAACUCACAAAAUUUUUCUUAUUCGGCGGCGAACGGCUAGGUUUGCGUAGAACGGACUCACGCGGCAAUAAACGCCCGAAAAUUCCAAAAUGUAUGCGCGACUAUUGCAAAUUACGAUCCUCCGUGUUUUUUCACAAUUUUUUUUUAAAGUAAAAUUACGUUUUGAAUCAAGUCUCCGCUGACAGGAAGUAGAUAAAAACCAAGAUACAAACUGUUUUUAACAUAAAUGCAAAUUGAAAAUGAGAGAAAACAAAAACAAACAAAUAAACUGUAAACUGUGUUCUGAAAUUAAAACAAAAAAAAUGUAUAAACAAGAAAACCAUCUGGGAUUGACUCAAACAACAAUAUGAAAACAAUUUCUACAUCACCGAAUGGAACUAUAAUAAUAACACUAACUGUACUCUGUAAAGGACUACCCAAAACGUAUGAAAGCGAAAAAGAAAAAAACAAAAAGUAAAAACAAAAACCUCCAAUGGAAAAAUUUUUGUGACUGUAUGAUAUGAACUCCUACAACCACUUCUGCCCGAAGUUUGUAGCGGGAAAUUUUCUAUUUCCCGGAAAUUAUGCGAGAAAAAACAAACCAACAAAUAAGAGAUGAAUAUACGGAAAUAUAAAAAAUAAUUAAAAA